AUGCCAGCAAUAAAGGGAACCGCCUCCGUGAGUGAUUCGCGUGCCUUGAGUAAGGCUCUCAAGUCGAUCAAUUUUCCGGCAAAUUUCUCUUCUCCCGUCGACAUUUCCAAAGUCAAUCGUGCUGUACUCGCACAGUGGAUUGAAACUCGCGUCACCGAAAUUCUGGGAUUCGAGGAUGAAAUUGUUUACAGUACUAUUGUAAACGUGUUUUUGCCCACGGUCGCAUCCGACAGUAGUGCCGCGCAGCCCGAGGUUGACCCCCGAAGGGCGCAGGUGGACGUGGCGGGCUUUCUUGGAGAUGAAGAAGCAUCUAUGUUUGUGCGUGAUUUAUGGAGUAUGAUGUUAGAUGCACAGGAUUCUGGUGUCGGUAUUCCGCGCAAGCUUUUGGAAGAAAAGAAAAAAGAGCUUGCGGCUCAAGCCGCUCAGAAAGCCGCAUCGUUGUCAAAAUCAGGAUCGUCAGCACCGCUUGAAAAAAACUUACCACUCCCUUUACCUCCCGAAAAUCGGAGGGCUGAUAAUCAGAGGACCAUCGGGAACACUGGCCGAAUGGAAACUCCCGUGAAGAAUCUGCUCGCCAUCGCCAUCGUCUCCAUGACGAUGACUGGAGAACGCAAAACUAUCCUACCGGAAGUUUCCACGAUGAACGUCGCGAACGAAACCCCUACGGCGAGUAUAGAUAUGAUGACGAGGGCUCACUCCAUCGAGGUUCCUCGCGAUCAAGGGGGCGGCGGAGCGCCCACGAAACAGCGGCAUCGAGGAGAACACAGGAGUACAGCAAUCGCCGUGAAGUUGAACGGAGGAAUAGGCAAGAUAGGGAGGGGACGCGGAACCAACGGUAUCAAGAACGUCGCCGCAGUAGAAGUCGUAGCCGCGACCAAUAUGGCCGUCGCCCGCGACGGCGCCGCAAUUCCCGUUCCUCGUCUAGCAGCGAUAGCCGUUCAUCAUAACGCAUUGAUUUACAUUUCUAGAAUUGACAAUUGGAAAAGGAUCUUUACGCCAUGCUGUCUUUGUUCCGCCCAGGAAGGAGCAAAGCUCUCUAGACGGUCAACGAUUCCUGCCGAUUGCCGUUUACCUUAG